CGCGCUGUGAUGGCGGGUGCGGGUGGCAGCGCGCUGCGGGAGCUGCUGGCAGGGAGAGCCAGGAAACGGAAAAGCAGCUUUGGGAGCACUGCAGAGCUCCGGGCAGCGGCUCUGCGCCUCCUGGAUCGUCACCAGAAGCUGAGCGAGCUCCUGCUGGAGGCAGAAGGUCCAGUCAAGCCAGCUGGAGAGGGUGGCAUCGAGCACCAGGAGUUAUCAUCAGAACCACUUAUCAUCUCUGUUCUGCAGGAACAGGCCUCAAGAUUGGGUGUACCUGCUGCUGUCUUGGCAGCCAAAAAUGCUGUUACCAAAAUCGAGCAGAUCUGCCAGUCUUCUACAAGCCCAUCUCAAACACCUCUGCUGAACUUGGACCAAAGAGAAAGAUUGUCUUGCUUGCUUCGAACAGCCAAGGAUUUGUUGGAGAACAAUGUGUUCAGUCGCUCACACUUCUGUCAGGAAAUCUGGAAAAUGAAGGACCUUCCAGUGCUGGAGGCCGUGUGGCACCUGCACAGAGAUGGCAUCACUGGGCUGGCAGAGCUGCUGGAGAGCAGUGUGGAUGGCUGUGCCGUGGAGGAGUGGCUGUGCAGCAGCCUUUGUGCUCUGUGUGAGCAGGCAGAGGGGCCCCCCCAGGACACAGAGAAUGUGGGACAUAUUCUCUCAGACUUUGCGAUCAUGUUCCUUCAGAAUGGCUUUCAGCCUUCAGAGCUGGGAAGGAAGCUGGAGCUGAAGAAGGUCCCCCAUAUCUGCCAUGCUGUUUUACAAAGAAUGCUGACAUGGGUCCUCGAUGCUGUUGGUAAAGAGAAGGAGGAAGAUGUCUCUACAUUGCAAGCUAUGAGGUUCUGGCUGAAUGUAUUUGAUGUGUCCAUUUAUAAAAGCGCAGUUCAUCCGGAUUCCUUGCAGCAGUUUUUUAGACACACCCUGACUGAGAUUCUUACCUACAACCCACUGUUGAAAGUGUCUGAUGCCAUCCACAAGCAGAGAGAGUGGAGCUUUACAAGGACGUGUUCACUGCUCACUACCUUGUACCGCAAACUGUUUGUGGCAUUCAGUGCAAAAGAGUCGAUCUGCCAGCUGCAGCGAGUCCUGGAGACACAUGAAGUGAAUUGGCAGCAUGUCUUGUCCUGUGUUUCCACACUGGUGGUCUGUCAGGCUGAGGCUGAGCAGUUGUUCAAAGAUCUACUCAGCCAUCUCCUGAUAAAGGCCUUUGAAAAUUAUGAUAUGGAAAAUAUGAUCACUGCAUUUCUGAUAGCCCGUCAGGCUGCCCUAGAGGGCCCUGCUGUGUUCAUGCCUUACUCCGAGUGGUUUAAGGCCUCCUUUGGGAAUGCUAGCAGUCACCAUGGGAGCAGUAAGAAAGCUCUGGUCUUCCUCUUUGAGUUCUUGUCAGAGCUAGUGCCCUUUGAAGUAGCCCCAUACUUAAAGGUCCAUAUAAUGUACCCACCUUUUGUGCCAACAAAACAUCGCUCUGUUCUCUUGGAGUACAUCACUCUGGCUAAGACCAGACUGGCUGACCUCAAGGUUGCCAUAGAAGAUAUGGGACUCUACGAAGACUUGUCUUCCACACAUGAAUCCAUGCAGCCCCAGGGCCAGGCACUUCGUGACGUUGAAAAAGCCCUUCAGAUAUUUGAAAACACAAGGAAGAUCCCAACAUCAGUGAUAGAAGCCAGUAUUUUCAGGCGACCCUAUUAUACUUCCUGGUUUCUUCCAGCUCUGCUCAGGCCACGUGUGCUCCCUAAAACCCCGGAUGCACGUAUGGCCUUCAUAGAUUCUUUGAAAAGAGCUGACAAAAUACCCUCCAACUUGUACUCCACAUACAUACAAGCCUGUCGUGCUAGGAAGGAGAAAAUGUUACAAGAUGAAUCCAAAGUGGAAUCCAGCCAUUCCAAAGAGCCUGCUGAGCACCUGAAGGCUGAGCUGGCUGCAUUGAGGGGGCUGAUUGUGGACCAGGCUAAACAUGAAGAUGUGCCAGCACAGAUUGCAGUCGUUUCUGACAGACUCUCCAGUGUGUUGGGUCACAACAGUGAUGAGAAUGAAGCUGCCACUCUGAAUUCCCGAAUCCAAGUUAAUGUUUCUGACCCCAGUCUGGAACCCUGUCAUCAGAGUGUCGUUGAUCUUCUACUGACAUCUUUCUGCCAAAACCUGAUUGUUGCUUCCUAUUUUAACCCUCCUGACAGGCAGGGGCCAUGUCUCUCCUUGUUUGUGAAGAUGAUAUGUGGACAUAGGAGUCUCAUACCUGCCCUCCUGGGGAGGCUCUGCCAGCUUAUUUAUCACCAGGGUCCUUCCCUGAACGAUGCUCAUAUUUUAGGACUGGCUGCUUUUAUGAUCCACUUAUGUGAGUCCAGAUCUUUAAUUCCUGAAAUAGAAGCUGACUUUGGGAUUUCUCAGCCUGUUGCUGACAAGGUCCUUUCCAUUUCUGAGUUCUGGAGCUGCUUGCUAGUGUGCAGGACGGAGGAGUCACUUUCCUUCUGCACAAGGUUCUGCACAGCAGCAGUAUCUUAUCUAUUGUGCAAGUUUUCAUCCUUUUCUUGUGAUGACUUAUGUGCCUUGGUUCCUCCUAGUCUUAGUUAAAAAGGUAAAAGAAAAAAGAAAU